CCGUAAACCGCCUCGCGAACUGACAGUAGUAUGAUGCUGGAUGAAUAUUUAGGAUACCAUUUGAGAUGAAAAAACAUCAAUACAUUUCACUGACGACCCAUGUCAGUGUCAUCGAAACAAACAUGCAAAGCACAACAAACUUCUAAAAUGUAAUUUUAAGCAACGAGUAUAAUGUACUCAUUCUCCGACCUAGUGUAUUACUCAUCUCUCCUGGCAUGCAUUUCUUUGGGCAGUUACUACAAGCAAAUAGAAGAUCCCGCCACAAAACGCAGUUAUGGCACGGGUUUAGGCAUACUCAUCACCUGCAUGGUAUGCGGACCGUCUGUCGUUCACUCCGUUUUGAUGGUCUGGGGGAAUAUUAUCAUCAUCAAAUGCUGCAAGAAACAGUACAUUCACCAUUUAAGUUUGGCUUACACAUGGCUCUAUCUGAUAUACAUGAACUUUAACUUGAAUAUUACAAAUAAUGUGCUCUGGAUCCAUCAGGCCGUAGCUCUCCGCUUAGUAGGAUUAGCGUUUGAAAUAAACUUGGCAGAAAAAGCCAAGCGACAAUCACCUCCAAAAAUGCCUGUGGUUUCAAAUAAUUCAGUUCCUAAGAUAAAUGAUGUAGCUAACAAAGUGUCUACUCAACCGGCUCAAAGCACAAACGGUGGUGCUAAAAGCUCAGCAAAUAAAUUCACACUGUCUGACAUGGGGUUUGUGCCUACGGAACCCAGCGCAGUAGACAUUAUUGCUUAUGCUUAUUAUUUUAUUGGAUUGCAUAAGGGCCCUUAUUAUCGGUGGAAAAUAUUUAAUGAACACUUUAAGACCCCAUUUGGAAUUCUUGGCGAUUGCAGAGUAAUAACAGAGCAGAAAUUAAAAAAGGCUUUUGUGUGUGCCAUACUUUACUUGUUUUUAAGCAGGAAAUUUCCAGUGCAGGUAUAUCAUGAAAACGACUUCUACCUCAAACAUGGCACCGACUUUCGCUACCUGUAUAACAUACCGCAGAUGUUCAUAUACGUGCUUCAGUACCAGGUGGUCAUGAUGUUGUGCACUAGUGUUUGCACUGAAUCCGGCUUCGGUGUGUACCCCACUAAGACCCAACCCAUACCUGGUCAUGGACCCUCUGCGAGAUUCAGCUUGUUAAAUCUAGCUACAAUAACGGAAGAGGUGGCCUUAGAACAAGAAUACAAUUUCGCCAUGUUAAGAUCUUUUGAAAAUGAGAAGCUACUGAUUGGUCCAAGAAUGAGAGAUACCUUGCGGGGUUGGGACAUGCCCACACGAUACUGGUUUUGGGCGCACACUUACAAAGGCAUGGUCAAGACGAACAAGGAAGUGAGGAGUGCACUAUCGUUCCUAGCAUGGACGGUGUGGUGUGGUCCCACUUUGCAACAAUUGAUUAUCUCGGCCACGCUCUGGGUACAUCUCCAUCUAGAAAAUGAAUAUGGCGAAUUAUAUGAUACAAAUGUAUCGAUGAAAAUUCCAUGGGACAUCGGCUUUUCAAUAAUGCGCCUGUUCUGCUUAACUUACCUGACACCCUGCCUGAUACUGAACGAUUCCGCCGUAGUGCUCAGAUACUACAACUCGAUAUUCUGGGUAUACCAUAUGGUAUUGUUAUUUUUAAUAUUAGGCGCCGUGGGUGUUUACAAGGAACGUACAAUGGCAAGGACUUCGGGAUUGUAAAUCAUACAGUGAUACAAUAAAGAAAUAAAUUAACUUUUAA